CUCGUACAUACAGGAGCACCAGCAUGCGAGCACGCCGUGGCUUUCGCAUUGCGCCCUGGGCCGUGUCUUCUGGAAUGUGUUCUUACACCAUCCGCUGUCCCAGGGCCCCCGUAUAAAGCUGUCCGAUCGCCCCCCAGUGCCUGGCAUUGGCCCGUCGCCAUCAUCUACUUGACGUCUUGGAGUAUAUCGUCACCUGCGUUCCUCUCGACGAGCGUCUCCCCCCGCACUCUUGCUUUCCCCCGACGUCUGUCCCCCCUCCCCCGGCUGCGAUUGGAGCAGAACAGCGCAGACAGGGAGAGUCAAAGUCUUGGUCCCGUCUUUCUAGAAGGCUUGGGGCUCUUGCGAACGGCUCAGCGAAACGAGCUGGUGCUGCUGGUACUGCUGGUACUGCUCGACGACUCUAGCUCUACUUAAUCGCCGCGUCGCCAUGUCCGCCUCUGGCUCCAUCACCUCUCGUACGGGCCCAGGCCUGAACAUCCGCAACAUGGUCGCCUUCGCCAAACCCGCCAUCGAGAUUGUCCUCGCCGGCGCUGAGGGCCGGCCUGACGCGUACGUCAACUCCUUUUCGACUCUGGAUCCUAUUCAAGGCGUCGUUCGCAUCACUGCCCGCAACGAUACCCCGUUCGACGACCUGGAAAUCACCAUGCACGGUGUCACCAAGACGUACGUCGACAAGCUCGCCAGCACCUCUGCCAUCGGAGGUCGACAGGAGGCGACACACCGUUUCUUGAAGUUGACCCAGCCAAUGCGCGAUGAUGAGCUGCCGCAGCCAAGAGUUUUCGCUGCGAACAGGACGUACGAGUAUCCCUUUACCUUUGCACUUCCCCAGCAGCUUCUGCCAAAGGCUUGCACGCACAAAACCCAGCACAAUGGCGUGCAGGAAACCCACCUGCAGCCCCCUCCCAGCUUUGGCGAUCCCGAGCUCUCAGGGUUCGGCACAACCCUUCUUGACGACAUGGCGCCGCUCAUGGCCAGGAUCCAAUACGCCGUCAAGGUGCAGAUCUUCAGAACGCAUCUGGCCGAUGAAACCCAACAUGUCAUCUCCGAGGCGACUAAGAAGCUGCGCAUCAAGCCGGUCUUUGACGAACAGCCACCGCUGGAUCUGGACAUCUACGGCUGCCACGAAGAUUAUACCCUGCGUCAAGAGAAGUCCAUUCGCAAAGGCAUGCUGAAGGGCAAGCUUGGGCGAUUGGUCAUGGAAGCGAACCAACCGAAGGGAUUCAGGCUUCCUGCCGUCCCAGCCGGUGAUCCAAUUCCAGCCGUCUCGACGAAAGUCAAGAUCAAGGUACGCUUCGACCCAGCAGACGACACCACCCCUCCGCCACGCUUGAGCUCGGUCAGCAGCAAGUUGAAAGUCGGCACCUUUUUCUCCUGUACACCUCGUCACAACUUCCCUUCACGAUCCAGUCUCGCGUACGACUCCACGCAAGGGUACAUUAGCGAGUUCUUAAGUUUGUCCUCGAUAUGCGCCGCCAACGUGGACUGGCGCAGGCACGAGAGCUGGGAAUCCCCAACCUCGAGACGCACUUCGGCUGCAUCUCGGGAUUCCAACGCGACCACUGCGGUCCAGUCCAACUGUUCUGCCAACACCAGCAUCCCAGAACCCUCAAAGGACUGGAAGGGAAAGCACUUCUACACGGCUACCCUUCUUGUUCCGCUCACCUUGCCCACCAACAAGAACUUCGUGCCGACAUUCCACACGUGUCUUGUCUCUCGCGUGUAUGGGCUGCAUGUCAGUCUAGGCGUCAGUGGACAACCCGUCGGUUCGUCUGUCACGCUCAAGCUGCCCGUGCAAAUCUCGGCCGAGGGAAGCGUGAGCAGCGUGGAGCGUCGACGCCAAAGCAGCUAUAUCGCACAGGCCCAGGUGGAUGCGGACGCUGCGUUCGAACCAAGAAACAUAGCUCCUCCACCUGAGCACCUGUUGGGUUACAGCCGGCUGCCUGGAGUGACGAACAACUUGCCGCCAGACUAUUCCUUUCCGUCGAGUUCGAGGGUGAGCGGCGUGGGCGGUUUGAGCGUUCCCGUCGCUGGAUGACUCAUGUGACAUCAUGAGAUUCUUAAGUGUUUCUUUUUCACUCUAAAGAUUUGGAUUUAUGAUACCCUGAAAACAAAAUUCUGCUGUAACCAUGUCUAAAUUUGGUAUUAUGUUGAGUAAAUGGCAUCCCUGGUGGAGGCUUCACUAUGAGAUUCAGAGCGACGAGCUCCUCAGGAUUGGCCAGUUGACACGUGUUUGAUAGUCGAGAAUAAACGAAUUAGACUGUAAUGAAGUAAUUUUUUGACAA